ACUGUCGCGGCGGUCGUAUCAGUUGUAGCAACAUGGCGACGCCCAGUGAGUUGUCUCUCCAGGAGAUACGCCAGUAUUUAUUAGAUAACGGAGGGACAGUGCGAAAUCGUGACCUCGUGAAACACUUCAAGAGAUUCCUGACGGACCCCGAGACCCGAGUCGAGGCUCGUAAUAAUUUCAAAGAGUACGUCAAUAUUCUGGCAUCGAUUAAGAACGAAGCGGGCGAAAAGUAUUUGGUUUUGAAGAAAAAAUAUCGCGAGGGUUACGACGAUGUACCGUCUCCCGUAUUUGGCCAGCUGGGUCAAGGAUCGCCACUGGGAACCCCGGACGUUUCGUGCCCGACAUCGCCGCUCCGAGAUCCUCCUCCUUACAGGCCACCGCCGCCUGCGCCGCUCAGUCCGUCGUGCGAUAACGCCGCGUUACCGAUUUCACCCCUAACGAGAGUUGAGCGGAGCGAUCGUUUCGGCGAGUCGACGAACACGAGCUGGUCGAACGUCCAGGAGCCGAUGUGCGAAUCGGGUGAUGGAUAUUCGCGGGAACCGAUGGAGCCUGUGGAAGCUGCGGCGGCUGCACUUGCGUCGCCGCCGGUGCCACCGCGACGGAAGAGCCAAGACAAGUUCAAAUUCGACAACAAGGAAAACGCGACGGUCGAUCGGAACAGGAAUGGUCACGAGGCCGUCAUCAAGGAAGACGAAUCGUCGGGAACGACGACGCUCCCGGCGACCACCGGAUCAGCGGAGUUGUUGAGCGUGCGCGAGCGGAUGCAACGCUUCAAUCGAAUGGCCAGUGAAACGGACCUUCCCGGUAAAGCGAACGGAGUAACGACGACGCCGACGAAAAAACGUUCUGAUAAGGGAACGGACGAGGACGACAGAGCUUCCGUGGCUUCGCAAUUGGACGGGAAGUCGCGAGAAUGGCUGGUCCGGGCGGCCCAGGGGGAUUACCAGGCUCUGGCGAAGCUGGCAGCUGAAGAGCCACGGCUGACUCGACUGAAGGAUCCGUCUUCCGGCACAGCUUUGCACUGGGGAGCGAAGCACGGAGACGAGAAUAUCGUAAAGCUCAUCGCCGGGACUUACAAGGAUUACAUCAAGGGGGUCAACGAAAUGACGAACGGGGGUUACACUCCGCUCCACAUCGCGAUGCAAUUCGAUCACGAGAACAUAUUCAACCUCCUCGUUCAAGUUUACGGAGCGAAUCAGGAAGUUCGAGAUCACAGUGGAAAAAAGGCUCGACAAUAUUUGGUAUCGCAGGAAGCUGCGGUCAGCCAGGACACGUUCAGAAAAAUAAAAGCAAGGAAAAAGCACACAGAGAGAGAUCUUGGUUUCCUACGAAUUGGCUCGUUGAACGUUCGCGUGAAACGUACGACGGAGGCGUUCAGCCAAUUUUUGGGAGUAGCUACGAGCGCGUCCAGCAAUGAAAAAAUUCACAAGACUUGGGGAUCAGCGGACAAUGUCCAGGAUGGUAAAAAUAUGCCGCCGCCGAAGUACGCACCGAUCAAGAAGCGAAGGAGUCGAAGAGCUCAGGAUUUCGGCGGGAGCGGAGGUGGCCGGGGUCUGCAAACGCACGCGACGAGUCAACCGAGUACGCCGCUGCCGCAAGCGCGUGAAAAUCUUGGGGCGAGAAGACCGUCAUCGACGAGUUCGGUAGCGCCGGCGAUGGGACUCGGGCCUUCGACGAUUGUACGUCAAAACGAUUCCGACUCGGACGGAGCUUGUGGUUUCGACUCGGCCUGGCGCGGAUCCGCCCAAAUAUGAAUCGUCAUAUUCCUUAAAAUUUAAGAAAUCCAUUAUUUUUCGUCCUCUUUCCAUAGCUUUCCAAUAAAUAUAUUUAUUUAGAUUAA